CGCCGCGGUGAAGAGCCUCGAGAUGGCCGCACGCAAGCUCACCCUCAAGGCCAUCGACUGGGCUGCAUUUGGAGAGAUCAUUCCCCGCAACCAGAAGGCCGUCGCCAACACCCUGAAAAACUUCAACGAGACCCUCACCACCCGGUUGGCCACCCUUCCCGAGAAGCCCCCAACCAUCGACUGGGCGUACUACAGGGCGAACAUCGCCAAGGCUGGCCUGGUAGAUGACUUUGAGAAGAAGUUCAACGCUCUGAAGGUUCCCAUCCCCGAAGACCGCUACACUGCCCUGGUGGAUGCUGAGGAGAAGGAGGAUGUGAAAAGAGAUAGGCCACACAGUGACUAUAUCUUCUGGGCUGCCAUCUUCAGCCAGUCUCCUUCUGAAUUGGAUUUAGGCAAGGUUUAA